GAACAUUAAAAAACAGAACAUAAAAAUAAAUCAAUAAUCUGUUAGAAGAUUAAAAUAAAUCAAUAAACAGGACAGAACUGUUAGAACAUUAAUUAUUCUAGUCCUCAGAUCAUCAGUAAAAAAGUAUCUGAACUUUUGUUUUUGGUUCCUGAAGAUGUUUCAUCUUCAUCCAAGAGUCUUCUUCAGUUACACAGUUACAGGUGUUCUACAGAUGUUCUACAGAUGUUCUACAGGUUACAGGUGUUCUACAGAUGUUCUACAGGUGUUCUACAGAUGUUCUACAGAUGUUCUACAGGUUACAGGUGUUCUACAGAUGUUCUACAGGUGUUCUACAGAUGUUCUACAGAUGUUCUACAGGUUACAGGUGUUCUACAAAUGUUCUACAGGUUACAGGUGUUCUACAGGUGUUCUACAGAUGUUCUACAGGUGUUCUACAGGUUACAGGUGUUCUACAGGUGUUCUACAGAUGUUCUACAGGUUACAGGUGUUCUACAGAUGUUCUACAGGUGUUCUACAGGUGUUCUACAGGUUACAGGUGUUCUACAGAUGUUCUACAGGUGUUCUACAGGUUACAGGUGUUCUACAGGUGUUCUACAGAUGUUCUACAGGUUACAGGUGUUCUACAGAUGUUCUACAGAUGUUCUACAGGUGUUCUACAGAUGUUCUACAGAUGUUCUACAGGUUACAGGUGUUCUACAGAUGUUCUACAGGUGUUCUACAGGUUACAGGUGUUCUACAGAUGUUCUACAGAUGUUCUACAGGUUACAGGUGUUCUACAGAUGUUCUACAGAUGUUUUACAGGUUACAGGUGUUCUACAGGUGUUCUACAGAUGUUCUACAGGUUACAGAUGUUCUACAGAUGUUCUACAGGUUACAGGUGUUCUACAGAUGUUCUACAGGUGUUCUACAGGUUACAGGUGUUCUACAGAUGUUCUACAGAUGUUCUACAGGUUACAGGUGUUCUACAGAUGUUCUACAGGUGUUCUACAGAUGUUCUACAGAUGUUCUACAGGUUACAGGUGUUCUACAGAUGUUCUACAGGUGUUCUACAGAUGUUCUACAGGUUACAGGUGUUCUACAGAUGUUCUACAGGUGUUCUACAGAUGUUCUACAGAUGUUCUACAGGUUACAGGUGUUCUACAGAUGUUCUACAGGUGUUCUACAGAUGUUCUACAGGUUACAGGUGUUCUACAGAUGUUCUACAGGUGUUCUACAGAUGUUCUACAGAUGUUCUACAGGUUACAGGUGUUCUACAGAUGUUCUACAGGUGUUCUACAGAUGUUCUACAGAUGUUCUACAGGUUACAGGUGUUCUACAGAUGUUCUACAGGUGUUCUACAGAUGUUCUACAGGUGUUCUACAGGUUACAGGUGUUCUACAAAUGUUCUACAGGUUACAGGUGUUCUACAGGUGUUCUACAGAUGUUCUACAGGUUACAGGUGUUCUACAGGUGUUCUACAGAUGUUCUACAGAUGUUCUACAGGUGUUCUACAGGUUACAGGUGUUCUACAGGUGUUCUACAGAUGUUCUACAGGUUACAGGUGUUCUACAGAUGUUCUACAGGUGUUCUACAGGUUACAGGUGUUCUACAGGUGUUCUACAGAUGUUCUACAGGUUACAGGUGUUCUACAGAUGUUCUACAGAUGUUCUACAGGUUACAGAUGUUCUACAGAUGUUCUACAGGUUACAGGUGUUCUACAGAUGUUCUACAGAUGUUCUACAGGUUACAGGUGUUCUACAGAUGUUCUACAGAUGUUUUACAGGUUACAGGUGUUCUACAGGUGUUCUACAGAUGUUCUACAGGUUACAGAUGUUCUACAGAUGUUCUACAGGUUACAGGUGUUCUACAGAUGUUCUAUAGGUGUUCUACAGGUAAUAUGAUGGACUAUGAUGGUUUGUGCUGAAGGUAAACAUCUCAGAGUCUUUCAGUCAGAACUAAACAAGCUUCCUGAAUGAAGGUGGAACAUCUUGUAGAACUAGAACCAGAGGUCCAGCUGGUGCUGUCGUUCUGGUGGAUCUACAGAAGGUUUCU